AUGUCGGGAGCAGUAAUGAGCGAAGAGGUGCUGAGCCGUACAACAAUCCCAGCAACCUUUGUUUCUUUCAAGAGAGGACAGAGGAGACUCCAUCCAAGGUAUGCCCUGCUGAAGAUUAACAAUGUGACGAGCAAGGGCGAGGCAAGUGACUAUGUAGGAAAUGGUGUUGUUUGCUACAAGAAGAACAAAAAGGGAGAAGCACGUGUUGUCCAUGGGGUAGUUACCAGGAUACAUGGGAAUUCUGGAGCUGUCCGUGCUAGAUUUACAAGGAACCUGGAUCCAAAGAUGCUUGGAACCUAUGUGUUUAUCAAGCUCUACAAGGUGGAAGCCGAUGAGAUAUAA